AUCAUUUACAGCAUAAAACAAGUUAACCAUUACUGAUUUUAUGGUGCUGCACCCAAAGCAGCGGUGUACUUAGUGUAAAGAUCAGAAACCAGAGACUCAUAUUUAGCAAACUACAGCUGGAUGAUGAAUGCUGCUCAGAGUCAAAGAACACUGGAGGCCCUGCAGUGCCACUUCACCUGGGAUCUGGACCCCACCAGGUCCAAACUUUUCCGCCUCAAGGACAAGCUAGAGGACAUUGGCACUGAGGAGGGAUACAGCUGGCUGGGUCACAUUUACAACCUGCAAGGGUACAUCCACUACCAGCUGGGGUUCACCGAUGACGCUCAGCGUUUCUUUGGCAGGGCUGCAGAGGCUUUCCGCCAGAUGAGAAACACCGUCUCAGAUGAAGGUCCCUGGUUAGUGGUGAAUUAUGGGAACCUGGCCUGGCUGCACCACCACCUGGGAGAACAAGCAGAGAGUCAGGCUUACCUGUCAAAGGUUGAUGCCCUGAUGAAUGAAUAUCCAUCUCCAUCCCAGGAUGAGCUCCAUCCAGAGAUGUGUGCUGAAAAAGCCUGGACCCUGAUGAAGUUCAGCGCAGAACAAAAGCAGCUGGCUACAGAUUACUUCCAGAGAGCCAUUAGGAUGCAGCCAGACAUGGUGGAGUGGCACACCAGCCAUGUCAUAGGGUUAGAGAAUGCUCUUAGUCACAGCAACAAAGAGCUGGGGGCUGACAUCUUGGAGAAAAUGAAGAUCGCCAAGGAACACGAUCCAGAGAACUUGUACCUUGCUGCUUUGUACCUUGAGCAAUGUGCUAAGAAAGGGAAAAAAAUUGAAAGUGAAGCACGUGAGUUAACCAGAAGGGUUUUAAGAAAGCCCAUCAGCAGCUACAGUGGUCUAAAGCCAUUACUAAGGCUAUACAGAAUCUAUGUAUCUAUGGAUGAGGCCAUUGAUUUGGCAGAGGAGGCUCUGGAAAGACAUCCAGAUGAGCGUUAUCUGAAGAGGUGUGCUGCAAUCUGCUACAAGAAGAGAAUCUUUUUACACAGGGACAAUCCCCUGGAGCACAGCAUGAUCAACAGAGCUAUCAGUCUCUAUAGGGAAGUGAUUACUCUUUACCCUCUUUCUUCACUGAAAAGAAAAAUAUCUCUUGCAAACAUAUACGCAGAGUCCCAUCAGCAAGUUAAUGCUGACCAGAUAUAUGAGGAACUGCUGGAAAGUGAUCUGGAUCCUGAAGGGGAACAGAUGCUUUACAACUACUAUGCAAAAUAUGUACACUUCAUUCGAAAGGAGAGCUACAAGUCGAUAGAGUAUCACAUGAGGGCGGCAGCUAUACCACAACAAUCUUCCUAUCGUAAGAACAGCAUUCGAACUCUGGAGAGGAUUAGAGAAAGAAACAGGAACCGAAUGUGUGGAGAAAUAGAGGAGUUUCUGAAUAAACUGAGACUGAAAUAAACUACUAUACUGUCCAGUGGAGUCUAAAUCCAGAAGAUCAAUAAUUGAUACCUUCUCUGCUGGAUCAGCUUUACGAGAGAGAAAACUCCUCUCACAUUAUCACAAGUGCUACAACCAGCAAGAUAGCUGCACAUCUAGUAAAUACACACUAUCUUCAGCUUUUUGUAUUCUAUACAAACACAAAAAAUUAUGCAUUUAUUUGAAGGUAUUUACGUCUGUAAUUAACACAUACAGGUGAAGUUGAUAUUAUGUCAGAGUACUGAAUGUAUGAAUGUACUGAAUGUGUAAUACAUCUCAACUUUACAUUAACUCUUACUGGUGUUUGUGAGAGCAACUUGGCUUCUACAAAAUAACGUAUAACAAUCACAAAUGUACUUUAAAACAUGUUUUUCUUUCUGUUGCACCAUAUGAUCAAUCUGUUUCUACAUGAAAUUUAGCACAGAAUGAUGUAUAUUUUCCCAGGAGUUGCAGGAGAGUUUAACGUAGAGUGAAUAUUGGGUCUGCAUUUUUCAGUUGGAUAAAAUAUAACUUCAAAUGAACUCCUUGUCUACUGUUGAUAGUAAGCAGGUAGUGUGCAGAGGGCAG